UUUUCCACUCUCUCUCUUCAAAAUCGAACCUGAUCCUCUCUAAUCAAUUUCCUCAAUAAAUUGUCAUUCGGGCUUUUCCCUUCGACACAAGGGUUCCUCUUCUCUCGUUCUCUGCUUCAGAAAAGCAGUUGUAUUACUUCUAUCCAGUAACAACAAUCCAUUAGUUUUCCAUUUGCAUACCUGUUAAAUUCGAAGAAUUUGAUUUAUAAAAUUACAAAAUAAAUGGAAAGCGGAGGAGGUGAAGAGGUUAGCAUCGAAGAACUCGCUUCCAACCUUUCCACUUACAAAGAGCAGCUACAACAGGUCCGCAACCUAUUGCAUGAUGAACCUGGGAACUCUGAGUAUUUAGACAUGGAAAAGGAGCUUGUGGAGGUAAUUGCUUUGACAGAAGAGCUUCUGGCAACUGCAAAACAAAAUGAUGGUUCUGGUGUUGGUAUCAGUACGACUAGUGAAGCAUCUCCUAGCAUGCAUAAUUCUGGAAGCACCUUUAAUGCGAAUUCAAUGUCUAUAAUUGAUCAUACCAAUAGGUUUCCUGUUGGAACCAAAGUGCAAGCAGUUUGGAGCGAAGAUGGAGAGUGGUAUACUGCAACAGUUGAGGCACUUACUCCAAAUGGUUAUUAUGUUCGUUAUGAUGGCUGGGGCAACCAGGAAGAGGUGGAUCCUGAUAAUGUCAGACCAAUUCAAGAAGGAACUGUCGAUCCUUUGCUGGAAGCUGAAAAGGUAGCUGAGGCUACAAAAGAAGCCCUCAAACGUAAGAUUGCCCAAGCUGCUGCCAAAGACUUCCACUCCAAGACUUUGCCCACAAAACUUCGUAUUGAACCUGAUGACCCUGAAGAUGUGAAAUCUGCUAAACGUAAAAAGAUACAUGCUUUCAAGUCCAAGAUGCGGAUGGAAGAGAAAGAGGCAACACAGAAUAAAAGACAGAAUGCAUGGCAGCAAUUCCAGACAACUAAAGGCCGGGCUAAGAAGGUUGGUUUCUUUUCGGGUCGAAAGCGAGAGAGCAUAUUCAAAUCUCCGGAAGAUCCUACCGGGAAGGUUGGUGUGACUGGAAGUGGAAAAGGACUGACCGAUUUUCAGAAGAGGGAAAAACAUCUACAUCUCAAAGGAGCGAACAUUGAAACUGCAGAUGAUUAGACUAUUUUCCUUUUUUUUUUUUUUGUAGUUUUCGUCCUGUUGCCAUGUAAUAUGUGGUUUUCUCGAAUUUGAGUUUCCAUGUAAAUCUUAUAUUUUUUGUGAUCCAUUAUUUUCAUAUUA